GUUGCCAACUGCACAAUCUCAGUUCUCUCAUGACGUUGAGACGACGUACCUCACCACCUCAUGACGCGCAGCUGACCGAACACUGCCCGAGUCUCUUCCAGAGGCCAUGCACAGAUACAGAUGGUCGCCUUGAAUCCCUUACACACCCACCUCUCAUACACACACACCAUGUCCGCACCCGUCUUCGAGACCAACCUGCCCCCGCUCGCGCUCUUCGGGCGGCACAUGCACACGACGCCCGCGACCCUCUUCGUGGCGGACGAGCUCUUCCGCGCCGGCGACGACUACGUCGUGAAGGACGCAAAUGGGGCGGCGAUCCUGCGCGCGGACGCGCGCGAGUGGUCGCGCCUCGAGAAGAAAGUGGUAUACGACGACGAGCUGCAGCUCGGCGAGAUCCGCGACGCGCUGGCGCUGCAUCGCACCGUCGAGUUCGUGGGCGGCGCCGGCACGCCCCUCAAGGUCGAGCACCGGCGGAGCGAGGUGGGCGGGCGCGAGGCCGCGUUCCGCGUCGACCUCGGCAAGCUCACCCUCGCCGUCGUCGGGGACUGGAAGGCGCACGCAGUCGACAUCGUGAGUGAGGACGGCGGACUCGUUGCACGCGUCACGCACGACCGCGCAACCUUGCAUGAAGGCAUGUAUGUCACCUCCCAGGGCAAGACCAAGAUUGGUGAGGCCGCCGAGACCCAGUACAAGGUCGAGGUCGCGCCGCGCGUCGACCUCUCCCUCAUCGGCAUUGUUUGUAUUUGCCUCGACAUGCUCCAGCAGAAGGUCUGCUGAGUGUUAGAUAGGGAGAAUGCGAAAGGAAAGUGGUUGUGCUGCA